UUUUUUUAUUUUUCUUGGCAGUGUUGUGGUCAGUUUUUCUUGUUUUCCAAGCUUCUUUUUUCUUCUCUUUAAGUACUGUGCAACUGGCGUUUCUUCCAAAUAAAAAGAAGAAUGAGAGGGAAAUAUGAAGAAUAUUUAGAGAAAAAAGAUUUUUUGUUUGAAGAUUUGCCAGUAGAAUAGAAGAGAGAAAUUGUUCCAAAAACCCCCUUAAAGGCGAACGCUUGUCUACAGAUGAAGAUAUAUAAAUUCGUCAGAAAAACAAAAAUUCACUGCCCAAAAGAAAGGAAGAGCUUCGCGAUGGGGGGUCAAAGGUUGCGUCAUUUUUUGGGUAUAGGUCGUAGUAGGAUGUGGAAAAAAAUAAGAGAAAAAUGAAGAGUGGACAGCAACCGCUGGUGAGGGAACGCCGGUCAGAUUUUUUCUUUUUUGACCUAUUAUCUUGCCAGACUGGACAUUGGGCAUUUUUAUGUGUUUAAUAGAGGAAGACAGUCUCUGACAGAAAAAUAAAAAAAGAGAGGGGAAAUAUUCACAACAAAAAUGAAUGUUUCCGGAACAUUACAACAACUUUUGUCUUUAGCUGAUAAUCAGAAAACAAUGAAUUUUGACAACAUUAAUAGUCAUCAACAUGUUUGUGAAAAAGAAUCUCAACAACAACAUAAUUAUGUUAUUGUUUCUGAAGAGAAUAAAGAAGAAGAAAAAAAGUCUGUUGAAAAUUCUGAAAUAAACAAUUGCAAGGAAACUGAAAAUACAAAAACUGAAGAAUGUGCCUUACCAACAACAAAUGGGGGUUUUGAGGAGAAAAAUGAAGGAGAAAACCAAUUAGAACAACAAAUUGAAAACCCAAUUCAAAGACCAAUUUCUGUAGAUGUUAAUCAAUUUGAUUUUAGUUUGCCAGACACAAUAAGAAAAGAAGGGAUAUUUUUUAGUUUUGAUGAAUUCGAAAAAGCGUUUAAAGAAUGGCAAGUUCUCUUCCAACAAAAGUUCCGUGUGGCCAGUUCUGAAAAGCAAGGAGAUGAGGAUUCUCAAGUUUUUAAACGUUUCCGAUAUCGAUAUGUUGUCUAUCAUUGUACUCGUUAUGGAGAACCGAGAAAGCGUGGGGCUGGUCGAAGACCUCACCAAAAUUAUCUUCCUUGUGGGUGCAAAGCAAAAUUAAGGCUAAAUUAUCAUGCACAAAAUGGUGGUUAUUUGCUUAUUACAACUUUGGAGACUGAACAUAACCAUGACGAUAAACAUCCACACUUUAAUGAAAGAGGAGAAUUUAAUUUUGAUUCUGAUGGGGAAAAUGGAGGAAGUAAAAAAAUAAGAAGUUCUCCAGAGGAUGUUGGGUCUUGUGAACACAGUCCAAACAGCACCGGAUCUUUCAAAACACCCGUUGUUGUCUCAGCAUUUUCACCUUUAAGUCUACAACCAUUACAUAAUUCCCCUUCUUCUGGUGGUCAAAGCAGUUCUGAGGGUGCUGCAGAAUUAAUUCAACAACAACAAAAACUACAAAAAAGACCAUCAGCGUCCCCACGCGAAAGAAAAUCUUCAACUUAUCGAAAUAAUAAAACAAUGAAUGGACAACAACAACAUAAAACAACAACAUUUUCUAGUACUUGUGAUUCUUCUCAAGUUAAAAAUGAAGGAGAAUUGGAUACUGCUUUUGCGUUAAAUUUGGCGUUGAAGGCUCACCACAACGCUCAACAACAACAACAAACAAUAUUUCCAACAGAAUCACCACAAAACAUUCUCUCAACAUCAUUUCAGAAUUUUCCAACAACAUCUAAUAGACAAACUCCAUUUUCUGAUUUUAUGCGUUUUCGACCACCUUUACAAUCACAAUUAAAUAAUUCAAAUCAAAACAAUAAUUUAUUGCCUCUAAUUCAAGAAUUGAUUAAUCGUUCAAAUGGGGGUGAUAAACAAGGAAAUUCUGUUGUUAAUCAAUCAGAACAACAACAACAACUUCUUUUAGGUCUUUUAUCUCAACAACAGCAACAUCAACAAACACCCCAGACAUCUAUUAGACAACAACAAGUUGGAAAUGCUUCUGCUUCCUUAUUAUCUGCUUUGCAACAUUCUAUUUUACAACAACAGCGUCCCCAACAACAACAUUCUUCUUUCAACAAUCAAAUCACCCCUUCUACUUCCUCUAAUAAUAAUUCUGCUAACAUGAUGGCACUUUUACACAUACAAAAUAUACUUCAAAAUUCUCCAAACAUUUUUGGGUUAAAAACGCAGCAACAACAACAAACAACACCCAAUUUAAUUAAUUUAUUAUCUGGAAAUAAUAGCAAUAAAAUUAUGUCUGCUUCUGCUUCUAAUAAUAUGAAAAAUGAUACAACAGAAGCAAGAAGAGCCGAUAUAAUUCAAGAGGCUGAUCAAAUACUUCAAACAAUUGUUCAACAAAUGAUUAGAACUAGGGAUUUAGCCAGUUAUUUGCGUAGACUAAGACAAUUUUUGUCUGAUAAUUUUGUUGAGUGAUAUUUUGAGGAUUUAAAAAAUGUUUCUCAUUUUUAAGUAAAAUACAUUCCGAGUUGACUUAAAAUUCUGAUUUUUAUGUUCAAAUAAAAUUCUGGUUCUGUAUAAAAUUACAAAUAAAAAAUCAGAAUUAUUUCCCAACAACAUCCAACAACACUUAUUUUUCCUAUCAAGCUAUUUACUUCUACCUAUUUAUUUUUUGUUGUUUUCGAUUCGAUUUCUGAUUAUUUUUUAUACCUCUUCUACAUAUAGCUUGCCUUUAGUACUUAUAUAUUUUUGCUU